AUGCGGACGGUAAACAUGGAUCGAACCCUGACGGGGCUGAUGCUGGUACUGCUGGCAACACUGCCCUGCACAACCGUCGCCCGCAGCUACGAGAAACAAACGAUGCGCAAAGGGAAAUCGGCACAGAUUGUAUCGUCCGCACCGACGAUCACCACCCCGCUGAUGGACCUUUGCUCCGAAGACAUCAAUAUGAAGCUGGCCUGUCACUGUUCCCCCGAAAGCCACGCCAAAGCGCAAAAAGCUUCCUGCUCCAUCUUUGACGGUGAGCUGCCGCGCAAAGAUUACAACUGGCUCGCGUUUCACACACAAACCGAGCUGGAACAUUUGAAGUUCACCGUGCGCAAAUCGGGCAACCUAACGUACAUACCGUCGGACGUGAUCGCUACACUGUACAAGCUGCGCACGCUCACGAUCGAGUACGGUAUCAUCAGUGACAUUUACCCCUUUGCCUUCGGCAACCUGACCGAGCUGCGCGUGAUCAAUCUGCCGAACAAUCAGAUCGUAACGCUCCACAGUAACGCCUUCGCGCAUCACAAAUCCCUCGAGGAACUGAUGCUGGAGAACAACUACAUCAAGAAGAUCGACCGGGACGCGUUCGUGGAUGUGCCGAAGCUGAUCAAGCUGAACCUUGCGAACAACAGCAUAUUCAACCUGCAUGACAAUGGCUUUGAGGAGUUGACCAAGCUGGAAGAGUUACGCCUCGAAUCGAACCAGAUUGCGGUGUUGGCGCGCGAGUACUUUAAAGGGCUGGAGAACUUGAAGAUCUUGAAGCUGUCGUACAACGAUGUCGAAUAUCUGGGUGCGUUCGUGUUUGCUGAUCUGUGGAGCUUACAGAUGCUUUUCCUAGACAGCAAUCGAGUUGAGAAAAUCGACGAGCGUGCCUUUGACGGACUGACCAGCCUGAACUAUCUGCAUCUGGAAAACAAUCGCAUUACCACCAUCGACAGUGCCACCUUUACCAGCGUGUCGGCACUGCAGCUACUCAACCUGGACUCGAACCGUCUAACCACCAUGACGUACGGUCACAUCGUCCCGCUGCUUGACAAUCUGGUGAACAACAGUGCGCUACUGUCACUGCGCGAUAAUCGUUUCAUCUGUGACUGUCGGCUCUCGUGGAUGUACGACCUGAGCGAUCGUACGCGUAACGAGGAGCUGCGCGAAAGCCUCAAGGGAAUCGAUUGCAUCCUCGGCCAGACUCCCGAGGAACCGACCCGUUCACCACUGGCCAGCUCGUACGAUUUCGGACAGCUGGACGAGAACGGUGAAUAUAUCGAUGAUUCGGCCAGCGAAAAUGACGCACUCGCCAAGGAAGCACCCCAAACCGUCAACGUGCUAAAGCUGGGCCGCGAAGAACUACCCUGUCCGGAGGAAUUGGCCGGACCGACCGGUGAUCCAAACCCCCGUGAAUCGAAAGGUUUGUUCAAUCUGUCCUGGAACAGCUCGGCAGCCGGCGACCGGCAUGGUGGCGGCAUCGCCAGCAGUAGUAUAUUGCUGCUAGCGAUAGUGACCGUUGGCCUCGGUGUAGUACGUAGAACGCUUAGCUGCUAA